UAAGCGGGGAUGCAGCUGACUUGUGGAAGAUGCCUGUGGACAACUAGCAUGUUUUUUUAGCCCUCUAGCCUAAACAAUUGAGUAAAGCUAGACGUAGAUGAAGAAACGAUGCCAGUCGUUUCGCAGCCGUUUUUGCACAGUUCAUUCAAACUGCGAUAGUACAUCGUAGUGCAGCAGAUUCGAAACACCAUAGGUCAUUUUUUUGCCUUCGAAAUCGAAUGAGCUGCCACUGUAUCGCUGCAGAGCACGAAGACGCAGCCUGCAGACUCCAUCCCUGAGCAGUAGCAUCCCAGGUAAGCAAGCAGCAUGCUCACUAGCAUCACCGAGGGUAUCCUGUGCUGUCUGACGGGCAAAACUGCCAAUGUGGUCCUGCCUGUGGAGUCUUCUGAUGCAGGUCCUGCUGAUGGCUUUGAGUUUGUGGAGGUGAAGCCAGGCCGCGUGCUGCGGGUACGCCACAUCCUACCCGAACGUCAAGCCACCUCUGGUUCACAGCAGGAACAGGGGGUCAGCAUCCACUGCAAGCGUAAGAUCACUGUGUACCGCAAUGGACAGCUUGUGAUUGAGAAUCUGGGUGACGUCCUGCACUCAGAGAUCCUGCAGUGUCAGAACGGAGAUGUGGAACAGUGUAGCACUGUGGAGGUGGAACUGGCUGACUACUCGACCGCCCCCUCCUCUCCUGACCCCAAACCUGCACCUCCACUUCCGGACUCAGACCAGCAGAGGCCUGCGCCCCCGCCGAGGCGCCGCAGGCGGAAGCCUAAGCGCACCGUCCUCAUCGACUCUGAGCGACGCAUCACCAGCUGCAAAGGCACACACUCUGACGUAGCGCUCUUUUUCAUCCAUGGUGUUGGGGGCUCACUGGACAUCUGGGGCCGCCAACUGGACUUCUUCUCCAGACUGGGUUAUGAGGUCGUUGCCCCUGACCUGGCAGGGCACGGGGCCAGUACGGCGCCUCAAAUAGCAGCAGCUUACACCUUCUACGCUCUGGCUGAGGACCUGCGGGCUAUAUUCAAGAGAUAUGCCCGCAAGCGCAACAUCCUCAUUGGCCACUCAUAUGGGGUAUCAUUCUGCACGUUUCUGGCGCACGAGUACCCUGAGCAGGUGCAUAAGGUGGUGAUGAUUAACGGGGGAGGCCCAACUGCACUGGAACCCAGCCUGUGCUCAAUCUUCCAGCUGCCCUCCUGCAUUCUGCACUGCCUAUCCCCCUGCCUCGCCUGGAGCUUCCUCAAGGCUGGCUUUGCCAGACAGGGCGCUAAAGAGAAGCAGCUGCUGAAGGAAGGAAAUGCCUUUAACGUCUCUCCAUUCGUGCUGCGAGCUAUGAUGAGUGGUCAGUAUUGGCCCGAGGGAGAUGAGGUGUACCAUGCCGAGCUCACUGUACCCAUCUUGCUGGUGCAUGGCCUCUACGACAAGUUUGUGCCAAUGGAAGAAGAUCAGCGCAUGGCAGAGAUCCUUUUAUUUGCCUUCCUGAAAGUGAUUGAGGAGGGCAGUCACAUGGUCAUGAUGGAAUGCCCUGAUACAGUGAAUACACUUCUUCACGAAUUCUUCCUCUGGGAGCCAGACAUCUCUGCCUCCAAAGCUGACCAAACUGCUAUGAUUGAUGCCACAGUUGCUCCUACUGUCGCUACAGAGGGCACGACUGAAGAAACCACUGGGACACCCAAAGCCAACAAGCCUCUGAACAAAUAACCGAUGAGGAUUGGUGUCUUUGUGGGGUAAACCAAUCAGAAGGCUGUUUGACGGCAGGCUGUACCAGGUGGAGCGGUCACCUAGGCUGAAAGCUGUUUUUGGAGGUGAAGUUUGAGCUGAGGGUUCAAGCAGGUUGCACCAAGACAGCAAGAAAGGUUCAAGUGGUGAGACUGCCAACACUGACCAGAGGUUUGAAGAAAGAAAUGAAAGCUUAAACCCAGUUUCAGAACAGAAAUGAAGGUUUAUUACAUCCUGAUAGCUUCACUUCUUUAUGCUACCUUUGGACAUAUCUUUCCUUGUUGUGUUGUCUAAACAAAAGGACUGGAGGUCCGUCCAAUGAAUGAAAUCAUGCCCGUUUAAGUGCUUGGGCCUUGACUGGACCAAAUCCAGACUGGAUUGUUCGAUCCAGGCUGGACUGCACAAGAGGCUGGUCCCCAUGCUCAUACUGUGCUUGUGAAUCUAUUGUGUGAUCUAUUGUGACCCAGACCACGUGAGCACGUCAAAGAGGGGGAGAGAAAUUUGAGCUCGGCGCUAAAUCUAGUGUGUCAUGUUUUUAUACAUGCCCUUUGCUGAAUGCUGUUAUCUGUUCAGAGUAACUUAGUAAUAACAACAAUAAUUCUCAUUCAAAAAAGUAUAAUACAGUAGUUAUAUUGUCUUCCUGUGUAACGUGCUCACAGCCCCAGGAGGACUAAAAAAAAGGGGGGGAGGCUGGGAGGGAAACUUCUAGCAAACAUUCAUUUCAAAGAAGUCACCUUAGUACUCCUCAUAUAACUUAAGAAUAAACAAAAUUAACAAAAAACUAAUUUAUAAUAAAAAUAUAAAAUAUACUAUAUUAAUAUCUAUAUAUCCAACUAUAUGUUUUCUCUGUUGAAUGAUUCCUUAAGCAGAAACAAAACAUCAGCUAUAAGGCUGUGCAUAGUACUGAUGGGGGAAACGUUAGGAAAAUCAAAUGUGCGCAACAAGCAGAAAAUUCUGUGUCAGUAGGAGCACUCAUGUCUCCUAGCAACCAGGAAUCAGAGAAAAGAGGGGCGUUGCUGGCAAAAGAGAGCUGAGAUGCUGUUACUGUGGUAACGCUGAUAUAAUUUUGGUGCUGUCAUAAAACACAGGAAAUAAGCUAACACACUACAGUACUGCUAAAAUACCUUGCACAUACAUACGUACAAAUACCAGUAUACUCACAGUGACAACUGGGAAUACUGCUCAAACCAUAAGCUUCUGUUACAGUAAUACCAGGAUGUAGACAAAAAUUGAUGCUGACUGUCAGACGCUUUGUUCAGACUGCAUAAUUAGGCCGUGUUACAGUGUGACACUUAACAAAAUAAACAGAAACAGACAGGCAGUCCAAGCAAAGCACAAAGUGAGGCAACUUCAAGGCACGGGUUGCCAUGACGACGGUCAGGCAAAAAGCCCAUCUGGUCAAAAAGCUGCAGGCCUGGUCUGUGUAACUGGGGCUCUAUUGGAGAUAAUUGCAUUCUAGAUGAACACAAGACAUCACAGGCUUACUACCGCCUUAUCAGGGUAAUGCAGUGGACACCAGGCAGCAAAAUGCAGAGAGGAACAGAAAUCACAUAAUCUGUUUGCAAAUUCCUUUGGGUAAACUCUGGACUGCAUUAUUUGCAGAGUAUAAUUAGGAAGGACAGAGUUAUUUGAUUAUCACUCAGAUGGCUCGGUACACUUGAUUGCAGUUCUUUUACAUAUCUGAAUGUGUGAUGCCAGUGUUUAAAGCUGUAAAAUUUCUAUUUAAUCUCGGUGGAUUACACUGUAUCUCAUGUAUCUUCCCAUUGCAAAGGAGUGUUUUGAUCGUUUAGCUUCAAAUACAUUAAACAGCAUUCAAGUCAAUGCACAUAGGUUUGACUUGAGUUUUCAUAAAAGGUGAAUUAAGAAAAAACUCAUUGUACAUGCAAACAAAAUGAAAAAGCAAUGCAGUGAGAGUAAAUCUUUCCAUCUUUUCAAAUAACAUCAUUCGUGACAGGUUUUUAAUCAUCCAUCAAUUAUGCGAUGAUUUUACUCUGUGCCUCUCUGUGAUUUCUUAGAGGCUCUAGAUUUAGGUGAAGAGGAUCUGGUCAAAGCCAUGCUUUCCAAAAACGCACUGGAAUAUACCUUGAAACAAUGCAAUGGCUUUGUCCACACUGACUUUUUAAAAUGCUGUUUCAUAUAUGGGUGGCAAAUAUUCAAGUAAGUGGUUACAGGUGCAAUAUGAAUCAAGCUUUGGUGUAACAUCUAAAUUACCCAUUAUGCAUUUUAAAUGCAAUUUUAAAACGGUGUAACAUUUUAAUUUCUGUCAGUCUAUCUGCAGAAGAGUAACUUCAAUACAUACCAUGCAGUGCUGAUCCAGAACAGUAAAAUGUUCAUUACUCCCGAGACAGGAGUUUUAUGUGGAACCACCCUGCAAAUCUGACAGUAAGCAUAAAAAUACUGUUCUUGAUUAAGGACUUC